CGGUUGCGAAAAUUCAGGUGUCGGACGCCACAUUUGGCCAGAAGGACUCGGACGGAGAAGAGGAAGGGGGCGACCCCUCGGGUUACAACUGCGAUCACUCAUCCCGGGAGGUGCCUUCUGUGAUGAGACUAAUUGUUCUUUAGUGUUUGGCUUACCGACACCAAGAAGUUCGAGUUCAUAUUUUCGCCAACGGCUGUUCCGGCACAGGAGACCGCAUACAUGUGCAUGAACAUCAAACUUCCGGUUGGCACGGUGUAUCACACGAUCGCCUUUGAACCAAUCAUCGACAACAUUGAAAUCAUGCAUCACAUACUCGUCUGUGGUUGUCCGGACCUUGUAGAAACCACACCUGGCCCGCUGAAUCAACAGUGGUCAUGUAUUGUAGCCACAAAAUCUUUGGCGAAUACCCGGCUAGUCAGGGAAGUCAAUGAUAACAGAGUUGAUAUGGAACGGCACCAGGGUCCAGUAUCUGACGAUGUCUUCAACUACAACGUUCCAACAAUCCACAGUUUGUGGCUUAACUCAAAGGCGCUCACACUGCAGCGGACAAAACACGCUACUUCAAGCUCACCAAAUUACCCCCAAGAUUUUCCAAACAGAGGAAAGAGUUGGGAAGCGACAAGGGAGGUAAGCCAUGAGGGCACUACCAACAGGAAGCAGACCGACAGAGUUCUGGCCCCUUCAUUUUGAUGGGGCAACACCAUGUCCAAUAACAUCCUGGCUGUUGUUAGUGGUGAUGGGAAACAGGGCCCUGAUAUGGAGAUGUGCAAUUGGAGUAAUCGGCACCUUCCAUCCUGUGUUAGCGGGUGACAAUUACAGUGUCCAUAUAGUCCCAAAUCACAGAGGCAGACUCGGGAGUUAUCGGCAGCUUCAAUCCAGUGUUGGCUGGUGACAGCAUGCCUACAAUGGCCUCCAUGUCACAGCCAGUCCAGUCUGCGACCACAAAUGGCAUGCAGGUCCAGAAGGCGAAGUUUUACAAGGGAGACCAGCAAGACAGCGUUAUCGACGUGAGUAACCACCCCAACAGUGACGGCUCCUCAACACGCAGCUCUCCCCGCAUGGAGAACCAAGCUGGAGAGAAUCAGUGGGAAGGGAAUAUUAGAGGACUCUUAGGCGGAUAGUCCUUAACCACAGGCAAGCUAGGAUCGCUGUCUUAGGGACGCAGAUUCCGCAGCCUUUUCGACCAAGGACGCUGUGUUCAGUGACGGCAAGUUUCUCUACCAGACACGGAACGUUCUCCUAGUCGAUUACCCAUUCAUGUUAUCAGCGGCAAGUCUGUCACGGCCAUCAGUCUUAGGCUCUUUGCCAUCCCUUUUGCGCUCAUCGCUGCCUUGUGACGUAGUCGUCGAUAUGAAGUCAUCUUCACGGCCAAUGACUCCUUUUGACCAAACCAGUUACUACAAUAUUGGCCAGUGUAGGAGUACCAACAAAGAAAAUUGACAUCUUCCUCACAAUGGCCGGCGCAGAGGACUGGUUGUACCCGAUGUCCGUUGUUGUGGUUUCCAGUGCCAAGAUUCAGGACCUGGUGGGACUGAGCUGCUGGCAGUAUACAAACGAAAUGAGGGAACCCGUCUUGCAAGAGAACAUUGACAUGUACUGCCUGCACAUCGCAGAGGACGACGGGGAGGUGGACGUUGACUUCCCGAGCCUGGACAGUCGGGAACCGGUCUCAAAGUUCGGCUUUACCAAGGUGGCCCUCGUUGAGAAAGAUGUGCCUACGUAUGCGAGCAGCAAGAAGACCAUCAUCGUUACCGUCAACAUUCCGCACAGAGGCUUCAACAAGUUCCCCAUUGACAACACCAACAUCUUGAUGAAAGAGAUCUUGGACAAGGUUCUCAAACGAAGAAAAAUCAAAGUCAGGCCAGGUCAGUGUUAUAACCUGGAGAAGGACUCUGUGCCUGGGGUGUCAAUUGAUCUGGAGUGUAACCUGGCCAGCAUGGAUACCCUGGAGUUUGUGCUGGUCCGAGAAAACAGUUCCCGAGGUGACGCCACAGAAAUUGACAAUGGCAGGUCCUUAGAGAUGGCCAAGUCCCUCACGAGUCACCACUACAAGUCCUACCUGGUCAGCAUGGUGCACAAACUGAGGACCAACACAGAGGUGCAGUUAGGGAUAAGCGGAGAAAAGGUAAACAUAGACCCUGUGGUGAGCAAAAGCAGUGCGCAAAUCUUCCGACAGAAGGCGGUUACCUAUGACGCUGAUAAUAUUGCAUCAUGUGAUAUCUUUGAGGAGAAAGAUGGGGGUAAAUCAGUGUUCCGUCUUGCCUACUUCAAUGGGCACGAGUUCAAACACCGCGACUUUGAGGCAGACACUGCAGUGUGUUAUGAGAUUGUACAGAAGUUUAACAACAUACUGGAGCUCAGGUUGAGUCCUGUAGGGAAGGAAUACGUUGCCAACAGAGACAAGAAGUUGAUGAAGAAGCAGGAUUCUUUAUUGAUGUGAAACUUAAAUACUGUUUAUUGUUUAAUCAUAAGUAUUAGUGGGAAAUUAUUUUCGUUGGUUUUGUGGGUUGACCAAGCCACAAACUUAACACAAAUACAUUUGGAAAAUGGCUUAGACAAAUUCUUGCUUUUUUCCAUUAUCAGAAAUCAAUGGUGUACGUGUCCUUACAAAAGUCUUUUUUUUUUAACCACGAAUUGAAUGCCGACGAAUAUAAAUGAUUUUGAAGUUCUUUGAAGGUGGAAAUGUCUUCUUUGCAACAAUACUUUUUUAGUUUGUUUUAAAUGUGUUGCUUUUCUACAGCCCAUUUAAUUGUAACCAGGAAUGCCUAUAAGAAUGCCUCGAUUUCUCAAUAAAAUUUGUUUGGGGGGAAUUUUAAACUUUGCCAUUUUCUGUACAUGCCUAGUCAUGUUAUGACUUGGAGUUUGUUUUACACUUAUUUAUAUUUAUAAAUAUUAACUGUACUGUUUCAAAUCCAUAGUCUUAUUGAGACAUAAUCAGCAGCAAAAGCGACAGCAACAACAGAAGCAGCAGCAGUAGCUUCCUUCUCAUCAUCAGUAUCAUCAUCGUC